AUGGCUGGACUGCGACGGCUACGGGGUAUUAGCUGGUGGGCUGCUUCGGUCUGGUCUGCGGCCGUCAGAUCUGGCGGCGGCGACCCCGCCGAUUUGGAGCUGAGUGGCGCAGGCUGUGUUGGCGUGGGCCGGAGGUCGCAGCCAUUCCUUCUGGUUGUCUUGGCGGCCGACAGACCGACUGUGUUGCAGGCGCUUGGUGGUGACCAGGAUCUGGCAGGGAGCUGCAGGCGUGCUGUGGAGGAGCUGCUCAAGGUCGUCUGCGGGUGGGAAAGCCAGCAGUCAACCUUGCAAAAGAAAACAAGAAACCCAGAACGAAAUCAUGACGCGCAAACUCAACCACGAAAGGAAACCGUGUCAAAGCAUCGCCUCCCCCUGUAUAUAUACUCGGUUCAACCCAGCUCAACCCAAUUCACACACACCCACACACCCAAAGAAAGACACGCAAACAUGCCGGCCACCGCCUCGCCGCCACCGCUGCUCCUCGCCGCCGCGCUCCUCCUCUCCGCCGCGUUGCUCUGCUCGGCCUGCCCCGUGCCGCUGCCGAAGCAGACGGCCGACAACAGCCCGCGGCUGCAGCGCGCGUACGUGGCGCUGCAGGCCCUCAAGCGCGCCAUCACCGACGACCCCAAGAACCUGACGGGCAACUGGUGCGGCCCGGACGUGUGCGCCUACUUCGGCGUCUUCUGCGCGCCGUCCCUUGACGACCCGUGCGCGCGCGCCGUGGCCGGCGUCGACCUCAAUCACGGCGACCUCGCCGGCACGCUGCCGUUCGAGCUCGGCCACCUCACUGACCUCGCCGUCCUCCACCUCAACUCCAACCGCUUCGCAGGGGGGCUCCCGGACUCCCUCCCCAAGCUCUCCCUCCUCCACGAGCUGGACGUCAGCAACAACCUCCUCUCCGGCGGCUUCCCGCAGCACAUCCUCUGCCUCCCCAACGUCAAGUACGUGGACAUCAGGUUCAACAACCUGUGCGGCCCCGUGCCCCCGGCCAUCUUCGACAAGAAGAUCGACGCGCUCUUCAUCAACGACAACCACUUCGACUUCGAGCUGCCGGAGAACUUUGGCAACUCCCCCGCCUCGGUCAUCGUGCUCGCCAACCUCCGCCUCCGUGGCUGCAUCCCCGCCAGCGUGGGGCGCAUGGGGGCCACGCUCAACGAGCUCGUCAUGCUCAACUCCGGCAUCCGGUCCUGCAUCCCGCCGGAGAUCGGGUGGCUGCGCGAGCUCACCGUGCUGGACGUGAGCUUCAACCAGCUCCAGGGCACACUGCCGGAGUCCAUGGCGGGGAUGCACGCGCUGGAGCAGCUCGACGUCGCGCACAACGAGCUCGCCGGGCACAUCCCGGAGGGCAUCUGCGCGCUGCCGCGGCUGGCCAACUUCACCUACUCGUACAACUACUUCUGCGGCGAGCCGGAGCGGUGCAUGGCGCUCCGGCGCAACGACGACCGGCAGAACUGCAUCGCCGGCCGCCCGGACCAGCGGCCGGCGGACCAGUGCCUCGCGUUCCUACACCGCCCGCCGGUGCACUGCGACGGGCACGGCUGCCUGGCGCAGCACUAGUGGAGAUCAUUCGUUUGGUGGUGUAAAACGGGGCGAGAUUUCAAUCAUCGUAUAUACAUACAUAUAUGAACACACACUGUAAUUUUUAUUUUUUUUACAGAGAGGAUGGUAAUAAUGGAAUUUGUAGACAUACAUGAUCUCAUACAUUAUUGAUUAUUUUGCGGGUGCGUACAUA